UAAGACUAUUUCCUUUGAUGUCUUCUGUCCUUUGUAUUGUUUGUCAAGUAGGAAGUAAGGCCAUUUGUUGAGUAAAAAGGGGUUUCUGAAGUUUUAAGAAAGUGGAAUAGUUUUAAGAUAGCCGUUGUGGAAAAUGAAUUGAUCAAGGAAACAGUAGGAUUACUGAGCAUUACAGUGCCCAUUUGAGGCUGGUGACUUUCAGUAAGUCAUGAAUUUCAACACUUCUCACUAUAGCCAUUGCUACCACAGUCAUCUCUCCAUUAGACUCUUUCAGUAGCCUUCUAACUGGGUACCCUGCUUCCUUUAUCCACCCCCCAUCUCCUCAACCAGCUUUUCUCACACAGUGUCCACCUAGAGUUUCUUUUAAAAGUAUAAAUCAGAUUGUGUUCCUUCCCUGUCCAGAACUUUUCAGUGGCUUCCUAUCACUCUAAGAAUAAUUAAAUCUAUAGUCCUUAACCAUGUGUCAUUUGAACUGCUUCCACAAUGUCCUUACUGUUUCUUGAACAGGUCAGACAUAUUCCCACCUUGGAGACUUUGCACUUACUAUUCUCUUAGCCUGGAAUAUUCCUCCUUCCUGUAAUCCCAUUGCUUGUUUAUUCUCCUUUCUUCAUUCAGGUCUUUGCUCAAAUACCAAUUCUUCAGGUCGGUAUUUCCUGACAACCCUGUCUAAAAUAGCACUCAGUCAGCUCAACCCCUUGUCCUGUUUAAUUUUUCUCCAUACUUUUAUUAUUUCCCAACUAGAGUGUAAACACCAUGAAGGCAGUGAUUUGAUUUGAUUUUGUUCUCUGGUAUAUAUUUUCAGUACCGGGAAUGGUGCAUAACACAUAGUAGGCACUCAGAAUAGGUUAAAAUUGGAACGUAUUUCACAACCUGAAGACAAACAGCAUCAUGUGGUUACUAACUGCUCUUCAUUCACCUAUUGAUGCCUCCCAGAAAAAAACGGCCCCCACGUUCCCAGAAAGCCCAGCUGCUAUUCCACCAUCAACCACUGGAGGGCCCCAAACACCGCUAUGGAUCACCACAGCUUCCCAUCACUCACACUCGACAGGUGCCUAGCAAGCCCAUUGACCACAGCACCAUCACUACUUGGAUAUCACCUGAGUUUGAUACAACAGCAGAAACCCAGUUCCCAGACUACCGGAAACGUCAUUACCGAGACCAGCCAAGACAUUCAAGUCGAAAAUCUACCACCUCCAAGUUUCCACAUCUAACUUUUGAGAGUCCACAAUCUUCUUCCAUUUCAGAGACACUGGAGAUCCCCUUAAUCAAGGAGUACCCCAAUCAAUCAGAAAAGGACAAUUCCAGAGGACCCUUAGUUCCAAUGCUCAGUCCCCAAAGUUGUGGGGACCUGUCAGUACAUACACUUCAGAGUUUACCUUAUGUGUUCAUUCCUCCUGAUAUCCAGACCCCAGAGUCCUCUUCUGUGAAGGAAGAACCUGUUCCCCCCGAUCAGAAGGAAAAUAGCCUUCCAAGCUGCUCCCUUCACACUACUACUGCUAGCAGCCCAGAGCCGGGGCCCAUUCUGGUUAAAGACACCCCUGAGAAUAAGUAUGGAAUAAAAGUCACGUGGAGGAGACGACAGCACCUGCUUGCUUACCUCCGGAAGCGAGGGAAGCUGAGCAGAAGCCAGUUCCUUGUGAAAAACUGACUACCUCUUUCAUCAAUAGUCUCCAGAAAUUGCUGAUUUUCAUAGAGUUGCUAAAGUCACUUUUCUGGCUCUCAAGAGUAUAUCAAUAAAAUAAAAUGGAAACAAUACCAAUAGAAAAAACUAUUUUAACUAGAGCCCUGGAGUCAUAAGGGAAUUUAUUUUUUUUUAUUUUUAUUUUUUUUUUUUCUGGCUAGCCAGGGUCCAAGCCCCAGAGCACCAACACAGUGGCCACUCUCGCAGGCAAGGACCCAUAAGGGAAUUUAAUUCCCAGAUUUGCUUUUUAAGAUACCCUGUGCUGUGAACUGUUCACUUCAUAUUUUUCUCGUGUUAACUGUUUAAAAUGUAUGUAAAUAAAUGGUUGCAGAAAGUU